AUGGCGACCGAGUGGCAGUUCUAUCUGAACGAAGAAGGGUUUUCUCAGUUUGAAGAAGCAAGGAAGCUGAGUGAUGAAUAUUCACUAGACGACCCAGAAGACAACCCUUACUUGUCAAAAUAUAAAGCUCGUGAGAUUCUUUGUAGUAUCAAAGAAAAGCUCAAAAGCCUGUUUGAGGCCAACCCGGACUGCGAGCACUUGAGGUAUGCUUCAGCUGCUUUGGAUGUGAAACUGGGAGCCAACUAUGUCGAUACUGAAGAACUCCCAACAGGAGAAGAGCAUUUGCUCAGGGCCCUUGACGAACUCGAGAAGUUUCGACUCAAUAGAGAAGCUUCAAAUAUUUAUCAUUCGGUUUUGAACAACAUCGGAAUUCUGUGGACAGGACGGAGAAAUCAAAAGAAAGCCCUGGAAUAUUUUCUGAAAGCAGAAAGUGUUUACAAUGACUGGAAAAGAGAAGCUAGUGGAUCUCCAAAAUCAAUUGAAGAAUAUUACAAAAAAUGUGAAGAGGACAGCGAAAAACUUGAAUUUCAGAGAAAUCUUAAUUUUGAGGCUACAUAUACGCACACACUGUACUACAUGGCUCAGGUACAUGCUAAGCUAGGAGACAGCAAACGGUCGGCACAAUACUGUCAAACGACUCUUCAGCGCCAGUUGGAUAGUCAGACAUAUGACCCUUAUGAUUGGGCCAUUAAUGCUGCUACACUAUCACAGUAUUAUGUAACUGUUGAUGACUUUCGACAGGCACGUCAUUGUCUUGCAUGUUCCGAACUGAUCUUUCAAGAAGUUGAGAAUAAUGGUUCAAUAAAGAAGGACAUGGAGACAUAUGAAGAGAAAUAUGGUCAGGCAAAAGCAGAUAUAGAAAGAUGCUGGGCAAAGUAUGGAAUCGCUCUGUUGGAAGCCUCCAAAGAUAUAUUAAUGAAAGAAGUUGGGAACGAAGAAGCUGCAGAAAAUAAACCAACAAAUGAUGAAAAGAUGAAAUACCAAAAUUUUAACCUUGAAGUGACAUUCCAUGAAGAUAAGAUUACUUGUGAAUUUGUUAAAGUGUUUUCAGAUGCAAGAGAAGUUUUCCUUAAAGUUCAGAAAUGGUUGAAUGAUGCAAAAGAGUUCUAUGUAUUCGAUGGACGUUGUACAGAUCACCUUGAGAUAAUCCAGGAUCAUAGUCGUGCUUUCAAAGUAUUAGCAUUUUAUGAAAUGGAUCUGGAACGUCAGUGCAAAAUGCACAAGAGAAGAAUAGACAUGCUGGCUGCAGUUGUCAGUGAGUUAAAUCCUCAGCAUUAUCUACUGAUAAUCCGUCAGCUCACUUUUGAAUUAGCAGAAACCUACAGCCAAAUGGUUGAUCUAAAAUUCACAAUCAUGGAAUCAGAGAGUUCAAUACCAUCAAGGCAUAUUAUCAAGAAGAUAAAUACAUUGAUUCAGCAAAGCAUUGAUCAAUAUAAGGCAUAUCUUGAUUCACUGAAGAAUGGAAAGCCUGAAUUACCUGAAGAAUUUCCAGAAACAGAUACAAGACCAGCACUGAUAGCCAUGUUUUGUAUGGGUCGUCUGCUUUCCAAGUUUCUUCUAUCUGAUGUUCAGCAAAGACUUCAAAACAUAAAGAAAACAUCAACUUGCUAUGAGUUCAUCAUUGAAUACUGUAAUAAAUUUCCACAAGCUGCCGAAGCAGUUGCACUGGAGUUAUCAGUAUGUAAGGAAAUGGUGCCUCUCCUUCCUGUUAAAAUGGAAAAGAUUAGGCAACAGGCAGAAAUAUGAACGAAAUUAUCAAGGAAACAAAUUAAUAUUGGCUUCAAAUCACUUCCAGUAUAGCAGUGACUGAUUAUCUUGAAAGAGAAAGCAUAAUGCAUACAAAUUGUUUAAUUCUUUUUCUUUGUGUCAAAGAAGUGUUAUUCUUCAUAGAUAGAUUUCUCCCAGGAAAGAAAAUUUUAAAUAUCCUAAGACAAUAAUAUAAGGAGUUAUUUCAAAUGGUAAACUUGAAUAUGUUUCAAGGUAAUUUCUUAUUGCAAUGUUUUGUCAGGCUUCAUUGCAGGAAUCCCCUGGUGAAACAUCAGGAUUAUCAUAUUUCAAGCUUAACUACUGAAUAUCAGAAGGAACUCUUGUUAUUAAAUAAUAUAUUGUAAUGUGGAUACCUAAGGGUUUAUGUUAUGCUUAUGAAUGUAUAGAAGUUAGUAAAAUAUAUUUAACUAAUAAUUUUUCUUCAAUGAAUGGAGAUCUAAA